AUGGAGAAAACAACUUCUCCAACUAACUUGGAGCCAAGUGUAUCGCAUCAUGACCCCAAAGGCGCCGACGCAACAGCCGCCAACGAUCAAGAACAUGACCUUACGCUCCGCGAAGUCAUGAAGAACCACAAGGCUGUUGUGUGGUGGUGCUUCUACUGGGCUAUGGCAGCCAUUGGAUGGGGCUUUGACGCUCAGAUUAACGGCGCCAUGAUUGCGGUUGACGCAUUCCGCCGAGAUUUCGGAUACGUUCUCGACGGUGAAGCCAUCCUUCCGGCCAGCUGGCAAUCAGCUUUCAACCUCGUCUCCACGGUAGGCCAGUUCUUCGGCGGUUUCCUCUGCAGUUACCUGGCAGACAUGAUUGGACGAAAGAAUUCUCUCUUGAUCGGCGUAGUUGUUUGCAGCGGCGGUUGCGUUGGAGAGAUUCUGUCCGACACCCGAGCCGCUUUCCUCGUAUCCAAGCUCAUCUUCGGCGGCGGCUUGGGCUUCUACCUCACACUUGCCCCCCUGGUUUGCAGUGAGCUUGCUCCUGUCGCACUUCGAGGCUACGCCACAGCUGGUGUCAACUUGGGCAUUGCACUCGGCCAGCUUCUAUCAAAUGCCGUCGUCAAGGCCUUCGGAGAACGAACAGACCGCUGGGCCUACCGCGGCCCCUUCGCCACUCAGCUCUUCUUCGCCGUCUUCCUCCUCACGUUCCUCCCCUUCGCUCCCGAAUCACCGUGGUACUUGGCCCGGAAGAACAAGCGUGAACAGGCCAUCAAGUCACUUCAGAAGCUAUUUGGCAAGGAAUACGACGUGGAUACUAGGCUGAGGGGUAUAGAAGCAACUAUUGAAGAAGAGGCUCUCAACAAGUCUUCCGAGUUGGGACUCAUUGACUGCUUCAAGGGAACCAACAGACUCCGCACGGGAAUCUCCACCGGUGUCUUCUUUUGCCAGCACCUUGUGGGCAUCGUUUUUGUUCUCGGGUACUCGACCUACUUCUUCAAACUCGCCGGUCUGGAGGACUCCAAGUCAUUCGAUCUCGGCGUUGGCGUUACUGCCUGCGGUGUCCUGGGAAACAUGGUUAGCUGGUUUGUUGUCGAGUCAUUUGGCCGUCGCAAAAUCUUCCUCUCUGGUAUGGUCUCUUUAACAGUCCUCUUGGUUCUGAUCGGCAUCAUGGACGUUGUCCCAAGCGACGCUGCGAAGUGGGUACAGGCUGCUGCUACCGUCAUCUACGCAUUUGUCUACUUCUUGAGUGUCGGCGCCAUGGCCUUUGUUGUCCUGGGAGAGGCAUCAAGCUCUGUUCUGCGCGCCAAGACUAUGGCUCUGGCUACUGCCACCCAGGCCAUUUGUGGUCUCGUAAUGAGCGUUGCUAUCCCCUACAUGGUGAACCCCGAUGAGGCAGACCUCAGGGGUAAGGUCGGAUUCGUCUUUGGUGGAUUAGGUCUGCUGGGUACCGUUUGGGGCUUCUUCUACGUCCCCGAGCUUAAGGGCAAGACGUUUGACGAGAUUGACCGCUUGUUCACGGCUAAGGUCCCGCCAAGGAGGAUGGGCGAUAUGUAA